AAUACAUUCAUGCCUCUCACUGGGGAAUCUUUUAUUAUUUAUCCGAGGGGGAGGAAGUGGUUGCCGCUAUUGAGUCAAUCAAACAGUCCCGUACGAACGUUGUUGGCCAGGCGAGUUUCGUGGGAGCAUUCUGGGCAGAUUUGAAGGAGGAUUAGGCGAGCAACCACAGCGGACCGUUCCCUCCCUCUUUCUUUAUGUCCUCAUGAAGCUUCCACACAUGGAAUUGGCACAGGUCCCAGAGCACUUAGUCAGGGCUUGUGCCGAAAUUGCAGACACCCACAAUCCAUUUCCCGAGCCACUCAUCCAACGCCUGCUAUCAGUUGUCAAGGAGGGAGUGCCCGAUCUUAGCAACGUCUCAAUUACACUCAUAGAAGUCAUUCAAGCGGUCCGUGACAUCCCUGUUUUGGUACAAAAUACUCGUUAUCUCAACCUCUCGACCUGGAUGAAUCCAGAGGGAGGAUUGGUAAAGCCCGCUGAUCUUGUGGCAUUGGGGCGAUGCUUCCCGCAGCUCCUCUGCGUAAAUGCCAUAGGGAUUCAGCAUUUCGAUUCUACCUUAGUCUCAGGAUGGUACGGAAGCGAUCGUCCCUCAUUUUCCAUACUUCGAUACGAGAAGAUGUGUGACUGUAAGUCGGUCGCCGCGGACCUUGCCUACCGCCGAGCCCACACAGCGUGGGGCACAGCCAGUUGCUACGAGCUUUUGAGACUUUAUAAGGUCCAGGCGUCUCAUCCGCCCCCAUUUCGCAUUUUUAUUCGGUCACAUUCGUUUCGGAACGGUGAUUCUGUCCUGCGGUUUGGACAGCCAUUUGUUCCCUCGGGGUCAUCGAUAUUGCAUAUCAUCUAUAACCUUUUAAGGUUAGGCUGUGCGGAUAUGGCCGUUUGUGAUCUAGAGUGGAGUUGCAUCAUUGGGUCAACCCUGGCCACCGUGGAUAAUUCCACGAUUCCAGUUCUGAUGCCUGCUAGGAUUGUCGAUCACACACUUUCACCGACUGGUUGGACACUUGUGAUGAAUGGCCCACCGUGGGGAGAAAAUUCGCCGUCAAGCCGUCCAUGUAUGCACCGUGCUUUCGCACAUUAUGCUUCCGAAGCUGGCGAGCCCGAAGUUAUGGGAUUUGAUGACUUUCUGUCAUCACUUGAUGUCGGCAAAGUGACCGACUCAGAGACGCUGAGAGUCGUCUCGGAUAUUCAAAAAAUUUUUAAAUCGAUGGAAUUACUUACAAGAAAUCAAGUGAAGAGUCUCCUUGCUCUUCCAAAUUCGCAAUGGAAGGGAGCAAUGCCUUCCAUGGCUAUUGUCUGUAUUCCAACAUCAAACGCCUGAUUUUUUUCUAUAUCAGUCUCCCCCUUCUCCGUUGUAUCAUGUCCCUUGGGGUGUACGCACCGCGCUCAGUAGCCUUUUGGGCCAGGAGGAUAAGGUAACUUUGCUGGAAUAGCUAAAUGAUGACAAAAGCCACCCAAGAACUUGAUGGAGUGCCAAUGGCACGCCGCUAUAUACAUCUCAAAUGAGGAGAUAUGGUGUGUCAGGAGGUUGGCCCGAU